AUGACCAUGCGGGGAAUUGCCAUUUUCUUCCUUUGGGCAACCAGUUUCCUAACAUACGGCACCGAUGCUGAAGAAUAUCGAGGUUUUGACUUAUUGUGUCAACAGGAAGAGCCCUUUGUGAUGCUGAAGGAAACCUCAACGGGAAGGAAGUUUGUUGGCUUCUGUGUGGACCUUCUUGAGGAACUGAAGAAAACGAUGGACUUCGAGUACAUUCUUCAGGAGACUCCGGAUCGCAAAUCCGGAAAUGCCCUGGAGAACGGCACCUGGGACGGUGUAAUAGGCGAAAUAAUGAAGGGGAAUGCUGACCUGGCCACUGGUUCUCUCACUAUAACCUCCCAGCGUGAGGAUGUUGUGGAUUUCACCAAACCGUUCAUGGAGUACGGUAUUGUCAUGGUGAUGAGACGGACUGAGGACACGGAGAGGGACACAUUCGCCUUCGUACAUCCCUUCUCUGGGAUUGUAUGGGCAGCCAUAAUUGCAAGCAUGUUCGCAGUGGGUAUCCUGUUGUACCUGACCAGUCGAGCUCGGUACCGCCUGGGUGUGCAGAGUUACCAUGCAGACAACGACAGAGACUUCAACCUCAGGAACAGUCUGUGGUUCGCGUACUGGUCCCUCAUGAGGAAAGGUGGCGAGCCUCCCCCGCGGUCCCCGUCAGCCCGGAUCAUCACCGGUGUGUGGUGGUUGUUUGCCCUCAUCGUGGUCUCCACCUACACCGCCAACCUCACGGCCUUCCUCACGGUGCGCCAUCUCAGCGUGCCCGUGUCAUCCGUGGAAGACCUCGCCGCUCAGAGUUCCAUUCUGUACGGGAUCACGGAUAAGGGUUCGCUAUUGGACUUCUUUAAAAAUCAGGAAGGCACCAACUCCGUGUAUGAACGCCUGUGGCACGCGAUGAAGGCGAGGCCCGGGGAGAGUUUCGUCAGCUCUGUGAAUGAAGGAAUGGACCGCGUGCUGACCAGUAACUACAUCUUCAUGGUGCACGAUCCGUACUUUCAGAACAGAGCGAGGAGUGACACGGAGUGUAGACUAGCCACGGCGGGGGCACCUUUCCUGUACCGCGGGUACGGCAUAGCUACGCAGAAUAACAGCCCAUGGACGGAGAGACUGUCGUUAGAAAUCUUGCGGCUCCGGGAGUCCGGGAGGAUAGACCUUCUGCGCGACACGUGGUGGCCGAGGAGCAGCUGUAGUCUGGACGGCGCCAGGAAAGACGCGAGCGCGCGGGAGCUGGCCAUGGCUGACUUCAUCGGCAUCUUCUAUCUACUAGCAGGGGGUUGUGUUCUAGGAUGUGUAGUGGCAGUACUAGAAAUAUUGUGGUGUCGAUUCCGAGGAUUCAAGACCAAGGGUGUAGAAGACAUCGAGGAGGGCAAUCUGCAGGAGCUGAUGAGAGGUUUUUCCAGCGGUCAGUACGCGAUACUGAUACAGAGGAACACUUACAAACAGAGACACUGUGAUAAUUGUCAUAACAACGUCAAUACCAAUACUACCAGAUUGUAAGAUAAGAAAGAUAACUGUAACAGGAAUAUAUAAGUGUAUUAGACGACAACAUCGUUGAAAAAUAUUCCUUGAUGUAAUGCAAUAAAGGGCUGAUGAUGUCACGAACAAAUGUGUAUAUUUAAGGAUUAAUGACCCACCGCAAUGUGUG